AUGUUGGCAGAAAAGAAAGCAUCACUAGAGGCGGUAGAGGCGAAGAUGGCGGCUUUGCAGGCAGAGUUGGAUGCGACGCAAGAGAAGAAGCAGGAACUCGUGGACCUUAUCGAUUUGUGUGGCAAAAAGUUGGAGCGUGCCACGCAACUCAUAAGCGGUCUUGGAGGCGAGAAAUCCCCUCUGCACCUAAGGACUCCAACAUCAUAUUCUUUACUUGUCCAACAGGAACGGUACUACAACAUUACAGGAGAUGUACUGCUGGGGGCUGGAGUGGUGGCAUAUCUGGGUGCCUUCACAGUCGACUAUCGGUCGAGUGUGACCACAACUUGGCACCAGAUGACGCUGGACCUAAAAAUUCCUUGCUCGGAGAUAUUCAGAAUAGCUGAAACCCUUGGAAAUGCAGUAACUAUCCACGAGUGGAACAUCGCUGGUUUGCCGGUGGAUAGUUUCUCUACUGACAAUGGAAUUAUUGUUUCUAACUCCAACCGAUGGUCAUUGUGCAUAGACCCACAAGGCGUCCUCUUGUUCCGUAUUGAAACUGCAGGUCAGGCAAACAAGUGGAUUCGUAACAUGGAGAAGGACAGGAACAUCCACGUGAUUCGCAUGACCGAUGCUAAUUAUAUGCGAACCCUGGAAAAUGCAAUUCAAUUCGGUUGGCCUGUGCUACUUGAAAAUGUAGGCGAAAGUUUGGAUCCUGUUUUGGAACCCAUUUUGCAGAAACUUGUCUUCCGUCAAAGCGGUAGUGACUACAUCAGACUGGGUGAAGACGUGCUAGAAUACAAUAGCGAUUUCAAGUUCUACAUCACAACACGUCUACGGAACCCGCACUAUGUGCCUGAGAUAUCUGUCAAGGUGUGUCUCAUCAACUUUAUGAUCACCCCAAUCGGUUUAACCGACCAACUGUUGAGCAUUGUUGCCGCGAUGGAGAAGCCUGAACUAGAAGCGACAAAGAACCAGGUGAUUCUGGAGUCAGCAGAGAAUAUACGGACUCUGAAGGAGUUGGAAGACAAAAUUCUUGUGGUGCUAAGUGCCUCCGAGGGCAAUAUUUUAGAGGACGAGACAGCAAUCAACAUCCUCUCCACCUCCAAGACCCUUUCUGAGGAGAUUCAGGUGAAACAAGAGGUAGCAGAGAAAACCCAGGUUGAGAUCGAGGCCACGCGCAGUGGCUACAUCCCUGUUGCCAACCACGGCGCCAUCCUCUUCUUUUGUAUCGCUGACCUCGGCAGCAUUGACCCCAUGUAUCAGUAUUCGCUCACGUGGUUCGUCAACCUCUUUGUCAUGGUGAGUUGA